UACGAAGGGAGUUACCGAAUAUGAUCUGGGAGACAACACUUCCUAAAAGAAAACAAUUGUGCAUUCAUUUCCCGUUAUUUCUUGAACGCCGCCUCAUCCUUCACUGGGUACUACUCACCUCACUCUUCACCUAUUAACUCAAAUAAUCCCUGGCCUUAGAUUGUUCGGCCACUAAAGAACCGUCUUGUGGUGGCUCAUCUGCAGCCUCACAGAAACAAUGUGACGGCGUUCCGCAAGGCUCUCAGCCACCAGCCAAACCGAGCGCAAACAAGAUCGGAGCCCGAACCUGUGAAUUUCGAUGAAAAAGUUUUCUUAAAUCUCCAAACGACAAUACAGGUUGGUAUUACGCAGACAUGGACCCUCUCACGGCAUUGUCCGUCGCUAGGACAAUAGUUCAAUUUGCCGACUUUGGUACUAAAUUGUUCUCGGAAGGCUAUGAGAUGUACAAGGCAACUACAGGGGCCCUGACCGCCAAUGACCAGCUUGCGCUCAUUACUGUUGAUCUUCGUGUUCUGAUUGAGAAGCUUCAACAGUUCCACUGGGAAUUUGUCGGGGAAUCUGUGGCCAAAUCACCAUCAGCCGAUGAACAAUACCACCAUGAGAUCGUUGAAAAGAUAUGCGGAGAUGCGGUGGAGCUAGCUGAUCAUAUUUUGAAUCGUGUUGAUGGUUUGAAGGUCAACGGAAAGAAGCACCGGAAAUGGAACAGCUUCACGCAAGCCAUCAAAAGUUUAUGGUCGAGGGAAGAGAUAGCUGGAUUGGUUAAGAGACUUAGCAACCUCAAAGAUGCUCUCCUAACGAGGGUCAUUUACUCCAUCUGGUCCAAUCUCCGUGCUCAGUCAAUCAGCAACUCCUCAACCUUCGACCGGCUCGAUCAGCAGACCCAGCAUAUUAUUACCAAACUACUCGAGAGCACCAAUCAAGUGGAAGAAACGCAAGGAGAGCUGAAAGAAUUCCGUAACCAACUCGCAUUUUUGGCAAACUACUUGGCUCGUAUUGAAGCCGCAAAUGUGGAUGAACAUCGUCAAACACGGGAUGCCAUUUUGAACUGCGAACGAACGUAUAGAGGUCAAAAGUUGGACCACGUCAUAAGCAAAUUGCAGAUGCUAAGUGCUACCCAAGCUGAUGAAGCUAAGUUGAGAAAAAGUGUGAAUGCAAUCUUGCUUGGAAGUCUACAUUAUCCCACCAUGACAAGUCGAUAUGAAGCAGUUCUAGAAGCAUACCCGCAAACAUUUGAGUGGGCCUUCCAGACUUCAGGGAAUGGGCAAGCGACUUGGACCAAUCUUUCCGAAUGGUUAAAAUCUGGAAAUGGCCUCUAUUGGAUUCAGGGCAAAGCGGGCUCCGGCAAGUCGACGUUGAUGAAACAUUUGUUCGAAGAUCCUCGAACCCGGAGUUAUCUUGAGAACUGGGCGCAUGACUCAGCUUCUGAUGGUACAGAGCCAACAACUCUCUGUGUUGCUUCCUUCUUCUUCUGGAACAGUGGAAGCUUGGAACAGAAAUCGCAGACUGGACUGCUCCGAAGACUUCUUCAUCAGAUUCUUCUCGCGAUACCCGACCUAAUUCCUAUCACAUUUCCUGAACAAUACGCACAGAUAUAUUCGAAACAAGCGCACAAUGAGUUGUACCCUACAAUUUCGUGGUCUCGGAGCGAACUCACGAGAGGUUUCGGUAGUAUAACCAAGCAGAAAUUGAUAUCCUGCAAGCUAUGCUUGAUCGUCGAUGGUCUUGACGAAUUCGAUGGUGAUCACGAAGAUAUGGCGAAGCUCUUCAAAAUGGCCGCACUAUCACCAACUGUGAAGAUAUGUGUGUCAAGUCGGCCAUGGCAGGUCUUCAAGGACAGUUUUCAUAACCGUCCAAAUCUGCAACUGCAGGAUCUCACAUACAACGAUAUCCGAAAGUACGUCAGUAGCAAGUUCGACCAAAGUGCGGCCUUUGAAAGGCUCGCAGAAGAGGACUCGUCUUCAGCUCACUUGCUAGUUCAAGAAAUUGUCGACAAAGCAGCAGGUGUGUUUCUGUGGGUUGCAAUCGUUGUGAAGUCUCUCAUCCAAGGUAUAAAUAACCGUGAUAAUGUGAGCAUUCUGCAGCAGAGAUUGUGGCGUUUUCCAAGUGAGCUGAAACCUCUCUACGAUCACAUAUUCAACAACCACAUCGACGACCUUUACAAGCCAUGGGCGUCAAGAGCAUUUCAGAUACUCCGAGCUUCACGAGCAGUCUUUGCCCAUGAUGCGCCUAGUUCCACGGAAAAUCAUCUCACCCUCCUAGACUUGAUGUAUUCCAUGGAAGAUGAACUCGACGUGCAGUCUUUCAGACCACUCGACAAAAAGUCACUAACUCAAAAAUGCCACAGUGUUGCCAUUCAGCUAAAUACACGGUGUGCCGGCUUGCUGGAAGUACGUCAGGAACCCGAGAUUUACUCACGGGUUGAGUAUAUGCACCGGACUGUUCGAGACUUCCUCGAAAAGGAAGAGUGUUGGGCUCAGCUUUUGAGUUACACAGCCCGAACAAUGUUUAACAGCUAUCUUUGUUUAUUCAGAAAUUGCGUUCUAUACAUUAAGUAUAGGCACCAGAUCAAUUCCUCUCAGAGGCUGGUCGGAAGAGCUUCUACAGCAAUGCUGUUUGCUUAUUAUGCAGACUUGCAUCUCGAGACUCAUGAGGCACAGAUAGCUUUGCUGGACGACCUCGAUCGACUUACAGUCAAACAGAGAAAAGUGCGGACGCGGGAAAUAGCUAUGAAUGAGAGUUUCCUACAUCAGGCCUUGCGCUAUUGUCUAACUGGAUACAUCCAAGACAAACUAGACAAGCUCGAGCCGAAUGCUGCUAAAGUCCGUGCCUCUUCUCUUCUCAAACUUUUACCGACGCGCCGAUAUUUGAUUGGGACGAACGAAAUCGCCGUUACUGGCGCAGAUUGGCCCAAAGGUAUACCGGUUUUCCGACCCAUGAUAAGACCUGGGUCUUCGAGAGUUUAUGAUAUGACCGCCAUCGACGCAGAAUGGAACAGGGAAUUGCCACCUUUCCGGGAGGAUGUUAGAGUUCUGUUAUUGAGUUAUGCUACCAAAGAAACUGGAGGUUGUCUUCUACCUAAGCAACAAUCGCCGGCAUGGCUAGAAGUGGAAUGUGACACCAGUGACUCGGAUACGUCAUAUUCCUGAGAACUCUUCGAUUGGGUUAUCAUUUAUGGAUUAACUUUCUGCGAGUGGAACUGUCGGAUGAAUCUAACGGCAUAUAGAGUAGCACCAGGAACAGCUGUUGUUGAAUAAACCAGUGUUAGCCGUACUUUUGGGAUCAGCUUUUGCUAUAACUCUUUGUACUUAGG